ACAUGCUUGAGGAACAUGCUCACCUCUAAUACCGAGUGGAAUAUUUCCUUUACUGGAUGUGGGUUUUUGGGAAUUUAUUAUUUUGGAGUAUACAGCUGUCUGUUGGAACGGGCUCAUCGACUGAUUAAAAGUUCCAAAAGAAUUUGCGGUGCUUCAUCCGGAGCGCUGAUAGCAGCCAUGAUAGUGUGCCAGAUGUCACCAGCAAAGUGCUGUGAAAAUCUGAUGGCAAUAGCCAAAGAGGCUCGAAAAGGCAUGUUGAGUUCCAUGCAUCCCUCCUUUAACCUGUUGAAGUUAACCAGGCAGCUGAUGAUCCGAGAUCUGCCUGAAAACGCUCACCUCCUUGCCAGUGGGAAACUGUGUGUGUCGCUCACACGGCUUUCAGAUGGCAAGAACGUGCUGGUGUCUGAGUUCACCAGUAGAGAUGAUCUCAUCCAGGCUUUAUUUUGUAGCUGUUUUUUCCCUGUGUACUGUGGAGUGGUGCCACCCCGCUAUCAUGGCACUCACUAUGUAGAUGGUGCUUUGAGCGACAGUACCCCAUAUUCCAGUCUAAAGAAUACCAUCACUGUCUCUCCAUUCUCUGGUGAAAGUGACAUCUGUCCAGAUGACAACCCAGUCUACUGCCAGGAAGUGAGAUACUGCAAUAUGAGCCUUAAUGUCAAUUUGGCUAACGUGCACCGUGUAGUCCAAGCGUUUUUCCCACCAGAACCUGAGGUUAUGGCAGAGUUCUGUCACAACGGAUAUAAAGAUGCGCUCGUGUUUCUGAAGGAAAACGAUCUCUUAGAACAGGAAUCAUUUAUGACUGAACAUAUACUAAACCACAGACAGGAUCAGUCUGGAUCAACCAGCAGACAGAGCUGUGUGUUGGAUAAACAGGAGAUGAACCUACUGCCUGCGUCCGUCCAGAAAGUCUUUUCUCAGGCUAGUAAGAAAGAUGAAUGGAAGAGUGAACUAUUUGCGGUGAAGUUGCUCACAUCCACGCUGAUGGUGUGUGUUUUGCCUGUAGAGGUCGUCUGCUUCAUGCUUCUGAGACUUGCUGGCUGGAUGAUGGAGAUGGCAUCUGAUCGUCUGUGCUUAUAGGAAGUCACCUCACAGAGAAGCAUAACACCACUGAAGGUUCCAACUCUACAUCCUUAAGUCAUCGGCAGUCCACUAUCACGUCCAAGUCCGUUCCUGGAUCGUGGGUGACGGUACAAAUAUACACAACGCACAAAAAUGGACUAGGCAGCAAAACAGGAAAAGGAAAUAUUUACACCCAGCUGCUUCUCUUAAAGUGUUUUUUUUCUUAGUAAGGUAAUUGCAAUUAGAAAUAAAGGACUAUUUGUGCUGAAGAGUCGCAUUACACCUGAAUAAGUUGAACACAAUAAAAUUUUAAUAGAGGAGAAAUGUAAUCAUGUUUACAAUAAGAGUAACAAAAUAGCACCAAGAGUGUUUUAUAUAAACAGUAAAAGCACAAUAAAUCAAAGGUUUUAAAAUUUCACGCAGUACCAUGUGCCAUA